GCCAACUUCAUAGACAUUUACAUGUGUAUUUUAGCACUUGAAUUGCACUUGCAUUACCUGUGUGUUUGAUGUAGUAGCCCAUGCAUACAAUUCCUUCGCCACUCUGACCAAUCACCAGCCGUUACAAUUGUUUUAAGUCAAUAUGUAACGCUAAAAUUAGUGUACUAUAAUUCGCCGCCUCAAAACAUUGUUUUUCUGCUGAAAGAUACAGAAACAUGGAAUUUAAAUACGUCAUCACUCCCAAUGGAUUACUGAAGAUCAGCGAGAUUAUUAUUCUGGCUAUCGCAUUUGACUUCAUCGUCGAGCUCAUCAUCGAUAUCGAAAACUGUACCAUGUACAUGUACUAUCAUGCAGAAAGAGAAAACUGUACCAUGUACUAUCAUGCAGAAAGAGAUAUAUGCUGUGACGAGGCCCCAUGGCAGUAUUACAUAUUUUCGGUGUCUGCAAUCCUUGUGGCAAUUCUGACGUUAGUUGCUUUAGUGGCUCAUGUUAUUAUGCCUGCAUGGAUGAAACAGAUUAAAGCAAAAGUCGCAAAAGUGGAAAUUGUGUUCUGUGUUGUAUUGGCUAUUUUGGUUCUAGUCGGAUCUGUAUGCUUAGUGUUCGUGCAACAAGUCCAGAAAGAUGGAGCCUGUAUGCUCGGUUUUAUAGCAGUUCUUCUUCUAUUGGUGGAAUGUGUUUUCCUGUACAGUACAGUCAAGUCCGCUUCUUCGUAUGAUCAAGAACAAUUGAUUUAAUAAUUAUUUGUUGGCUUCAUGAAUGCUACAGCUAAUCACAAUGCUUCCACACAAAUCCAUACUUUUAUCCUGUAAAGACACUUUACUUCCGCUUAUUACCAAAUACUUUAAUAUGAUUGUUACGGGUGUAAUCCCAGAUGGAAAAAGGGAAUUACUGUCCUAUCCACAAAAAAAGGCUCUCCGCAUGACCCUAAUAAUUACCGGGCAAUAUCCUUAUAUCAAUGUUAUACAAACUGUUUACUUCUGUGCUCAACAAUUGAGGUAUUGGUGUGACUGUCAAGGAGUUACCUCGGGGGAUCAAGCGGGAUUCCGUAAUGAAUAGCACAAACGACUACACUGACGUUAAGCGCAAUUAUUUGUAAAUACUUACGAAAAAGGAGAGGCCAAAUGUAUGCAAUAUUUGUUGAUAUGAAAACAGUUUUGGUUUUAUACACAAAAACUAUGGUACAAACUAAAAUUAGGCAUCAUGAAAGAAUUUAUUAAUGAUUUACAAACUUAUUACAAUAACAUAUCAUUACGAGUUACUUACGAAUAUAGCAACUUUCUUGAAUGUAAUUAAUGAUUGAGACAAGGAUGUAACCUCUUACCUUUUUUUUGUUUACAUUUGUGAAUUAAAUGAUUACUUUUUGAACAUGGCAUCAGAGGUAUCCAAUAGUCAGUAUUCUGAAAUAUAUAGACGAUUCUUUUGUUGGCUGGCACGCUAAUAAACAUAAAAAAACAUGUUGUGUGUUCUCGAGCAAUACUGCGACAUUUAUGUUUAGGGCCUAAUCUAAAAUAGAACCUUUACUUCUAC